AUGCCACCUUUAAUUACAUCACACUGGCCAAAGAAGUUGCAUCAAGUAUCUGGGCUUCAAGAACUUGUGAGCUUGACAUAUGUUCUGAAGGAAACUCAUCAAUGGGAGUGGUUUCUAUUGCACGAGGUUGCAGCUCAGCCAAUUCCACAAGUAUUUGAAAUCACUUUAGCAUCUUAUGAAUAAACAUGGGAAUACAAAACAUGCAAAGAAACAUCAUUACCUUUGUCAGCAAAAACUGGCUUUGUGGAAAAUGUGCAGAUAAUCCUGGAAAAGGGUGUUUAUCCCAAUACCAUAAAUUACAAGGAGAAACACCACUUCUUGUUGCUAACUUCUCUCUCUGGGUUUAAGCAAUAUGACUGGUACCUUCUUGGUAAAGGUGCUACCUUUACCAAGCUGGUCCUAUUUGACCAUCUUAGGAUGUACAUAAAACAGUGGUCAGCAAUUCAAGAAGCCACAAAACAAACAUGCAAAGACAUUGUUGAUGUUCUGUAUGGAAAUGUGAACAAUAAGGAAAAAUGUUGAGUAACACCAUUAGGGGUUACAGCUGAAUGUGGUAUUCACAUUCACGCAUUCACAUUCCACUGUGGUGUGCUGGAGUAUCUUAAUCAUAAUGAUGUUGGAGAUAUCAAAGCCUUAGCAGAUGAUCAUGCAUCAGUAUUGUUUCAAGCAGCUGGAGGAUGUAGUCUAGACUGCAUGGCUCUGCUUUUGAAAUAUGGAGGAGGUGGCAAUGUGCCUGGUGAAGCAGGAUGGCUUCCCAUGCACAAAGUGGCUUGUGAGGGGUAUUAGCUGGGCAGGGAGUAUCUCGUUGCAGCCACAUCCUAAACUUUAAUCCAGGAAAGUGGGUUAAGCACUGUUCACUUCACUGUAGAUGGCCAGAACCAGUGUCUAGGGCUUGUCAUUGGAAAUGGUUUGGAUGUCAACACUCUCUCAUCUGAAGAGGUAACUUCAAAUACUUAUAAUGGCAGAAGAAAAACUGCAUUUUAUUGUGCUGUUUCUAACUAUGAGAUUCUUUGCACCAAAAUAUUGCUCAAAGCAGGAGCAAGUCCAAGCAAGGAUCCUUUUAACUGUGUUCUCAUGGCAGUGAGAGCUGACAAGCAUGGAAUUGUAAAGCUACUCCUAUCUUGUGAAGCAGAUGUUAUGAUAAUUUUGUUGCUUAAUGAUACGCAUUUCCUCAGUGCAUAUUCUUUGAAUGGUGACAUAAUGCUGAGGCUGUUGUUCAAUCAUGGAUAUAAUGAGGAGAUGUGUUUGGACUUUCUGUGUCAGGGUGUCUUUGGAAAUUCUUUUGUGUGGCCAGCUUCAGAGCAUGAGCCUAUUCCCAGUUGGACUACUUCUUCAAUAAAGGAUAAACUAUUCUGUGAGUUCAUUGCUAUUCUGUGAUUGAGACAUUUAGCUGGAAAAGUGGCUUUUGUUUUUAUAGAUUGCAUGGAUUAUGUUCCUCUAAGCACAAGAAUUCAGUUUUUCACAGAAAUACAAGAAGAAUGAUCAGAGAUAUGGCAGACUGGGUAA